AUGCAAGAAAAGAACAGCCCUGAACUGAUAGCUUCAGACUCUGAGCCAUCCUCAGAACAACUCGAAUCACUCAAACAUGUCGCCGACAAGAUUCCUACAGCUGCUUGGCUAGUGGUGAUAUUUUCCUCUAUGGAAAGAUUCACCUACUUUGCUUUCUCAGGACCCCUCCAGAACUACAUCCAGAAUCCACUCAAUGACACUUCUCGUCCUGGAGCACUGGGACUGGGUCAAUCCAAAGCCACGGCCCUGAUCUGUUUCUUGAAUGUCUUGACUUAUACAACUGUCAUCCCGGCUGCUAUAGUCGCAGAUGGCUAUCUUGGGCCUUUUAUCACGAUCUGCGUGUUUUCUUGCUUCUAUCUCACCGGCCUUCUAUUGCUCUUCCUCACCUCAUUACCGGUUUCCCUCCAUCAUAACGCAGGCCUGGGGGGUUUGAUCGCAGCUUUCAUAUUGAUUGGGGUCGGGGUAGGAGGAAUCAAGUCAUCUGUGGCGCCCUUUCUUGCCGAUCAAUUGAAGAAGACUAAGACUCGAGUGGAAGACCGCCCGAAUGGGCAGUCGGUCGUUAUUGACCGGGAGAUCACAAUUAGAAAAAUCUAUGGAAUAUACUACUGGGGCGUUAACAUCGGUGGCUUGUCAGGAAUCGCAACCACCGAGUUGGAAAAGAUCUAUGGUUUCUGGGCUGCCUUUCUCCUCCCUCUCUGCUCCCUCGCUGUGUCCUUGGUGGCAUUCUUUAUAGGUCGACGUCGAUAUAUCCAACAUAAACCCCAGGCAGGUACUUUGAUGCGCGUAUUCAAAGUCCUCGGACUGGCAAUCGUGCCAGGGAAAUUCAGCUUAAGCUAUGCCACAGCCAGUCACCAAGAGAGCCUGGGCCGAACAGUUACCUGGACUGAUAGUUUCAUCGCCGAGUUCCGAGUUGCCCUAAUCGCUUGCAGAGUCUGGCUCAUAUACCCCAUCGUCUGGCUCUGCUUCAACCAAAACCAAACAAACCUCGUCUCCCAAGCCGCCAACAUGCAAACCUACGGAAUCCCCAACGACAUGAUGACGAACCUAAACCCCAUCUCCGUCCUCCUCGUCAUCCCCAUCCUCCAAAAAUGCGUCUACCCCACAAUGAAGCGCUGCAGGCUCGAUCCCAGACCAACAGUGCGCAUGACUCUGGGCUUUAUCUGCGUCGCAGCCAGCAUGGCCCUCGCAGCCGGUGUGCAGCAGAUCGUGUACAACUCCGGCCCGUGCUACGACAGCCCGCGGCACUGUGUCGUCGACGGGAGACUGGAGAAGGGGCCUAACGAUGUCAGCGUGGCGUUGCAGGUGCCUAUUUAUGUGAUUGGGGCGAUUGGGGAGACUUUCUUCUCGAUUGCUGGGUCUGAGUGGGCGUAUAAUAGCGCUCCGGAGGGAAUGAAAUCUCUCCUGCAGGCGAUUUACAUGUUGACUUUGGCUGUUAGCUCGGUGCUGGGUAUUGCUCUGUCGCCGACUUUCAAGGAUCCGUCGAUGACUAUUGUCUUUGGGGCGUUUGCGGGUGUGAUGGCGGUUUUGAGUGUGGUUUUUGGGUUCUUCUUUUGGAAUGUGCCCAAUACCAGUUAG